UGCCGUCCCGUCCCGCCGGCGACGCGGCGCGGCAGCCGUCCCGUCGUCGUUCGCCGCCGGAGAGGAGAAGAGCGCGAGAGAGACAGAGAAGAGACAGAGACACAGGGAGCAGCAUCAGACAUUGCUCGUCGCCGUCGUCGUCGCCGUCGUCGUCGUCGUCGCCGCCGUCGUCGCUGCCGCGGCGGUGUUGCUGUUUCUAGUGUUGCCGCUGCUGCUAGUGUUGCUGGUGGUAGUGGUGGUGGUGGUGCCGCAGCAGCAAUUGCUCGCGGUUGUUGCUUGUGCGUUGUACCGCGCGUGUGUGUGGAUACCUGCUCGCGGUACGCCGUGUGACGCCGGGGGGGUUCGACGUACCCCGAACCCUACGAUGCCCAAUGGUUGACCGUGCACCGCAGGAUGCUACACGGGGACGCUCCACGCGCCGCGGCUCUCGUUGUUGUUGUUGUCGUCGCGCACGCGAGUGCGAUUACGGUACGGUGAACGUGUUGCUUCGCGGCCACGCCGCCGGCAGGGUGGAAGAAGAAGAAGAAGCGUACGGUGGAUCAUCGUCGUCAACGUUCGUGGCGACCGCGUUAUUGGUGACGGAAUCGACGGGAACGACGGCAACCACGGGGAGUGCAGCACGCACGGCGCCAGCGCCGAUCAGGACGGCGACGGUGGUCUUCUAGUUGAGGAGAGACAGGGCCAACCCCCAGGGCUUUGCAACACCCCCAAGCUAUAAUCCGCGGUGCCGUUCGGUCUACGGCCGGACGCGGUCGUGCUACCUGGUGUGCGCGCGUGUGUGUGUUUGUGUGCGUGCGUGCGUGCGUGCGCGCGCGCGCGCUCGCUCGCUCGCUCGCUCUCGCUCGCGCGCUGGUGGUCGGGAGGAAGGAUCAGCAGCGUGAGACGGGCGCAAGUGGGAAGGAAGAGCGCGAGAGGUUAGGUUUAUUACGGAAGAAAGAUAACAGCCGCGCGGAGGAGCCAUGGCCGACCACCUGGUGGACGGCCCUCCGCCGAAGCGGCCCAAGCUCGAUCCGUUCCAGGGAACGUCGGACUCGACGGUAGUGGGUAUGCCGCCUUUAUUGAUGCACCAUGCUUAUACGAACUACGGGGGAGGUGGCAGUGGUAACAUGCAACAAAUUCAGGGUCAGCCGCAACAACUACAUCUGCAACAGCAUCAGAUGCAGCAACACUGGAACAACAAUACCGUCCAGAAACGAAAUUACAUUUCUAACACAGAAAUGUUCGAUCUUGAAAAUGAUCUUCCCGAUGACUUGCUGUCAUCUGGUUCUUGGGGUUCCACGACCGAGAGCACUAAGCCACCAGCGACCGGUCCUGGCCCAGGGCAGCAAAACGGUGCUCUCGAUACAGAACUCAGACAACAUGUACAGCAGCAGCAGCAGCAGCAGCAACAACUCUCUCAUCAUCUCCUCCAGCAACAGGGCAACAAAAACUUGGUGGCGAAUUCCUUAGUAAUGGCUGCGGGAACGUUAGGCAACAAAAGUCCGAAUAUGCAAUCGCCACCGAACGUUUCCGUUUCCAAGGGAGGGAUAGUCGAUCCGCAGAUGGUCGUGAGUCUUGGUAACCUACCAAGUAGUAUAGCCAGUUCGUUGGCGAAUAAUCAAAUGUCGAUCGCGAAUUCGAUGGGCGGUUUACAAUCGUCCAUGAGCAUGGCCGGAAGUAACCCCGCGAUGUCGAUGCCGGGCGGCAUGAACUCCGGUUUAGUGAUGACUAGUUCCGCUAGCGGGAACAACAUGGGAGGAAUGGCCGGCGGAAGCUUGAUAGUAACCAACAGUUUGAACAAACAACCUUUAAAUACAGUAACCAUGAUGGGCCCUAAUACUCAAGCGAUACAUCAUCCGGGUGCUCCUCAUGGGGUUACACCGAUGCAAAAUGGUCCCGGGAUGAUGAACACGAGGGCUGUAGCGAUGCAGCAGCAACAACAGGCGCAUAUGGUUGGUUCAGCGAGAGGGCAGAGUCCUCACCAACAGGUGCAUCAAGUCGGCAUCGUCGGUCCCGGCCAGGGUGGUCCGAGGAUGCAAGCUCCUCCUAACAUGGCAAAUAUACCGACUAUGGGGCAAUUAGGCGCGUCGAAUCCGUACAAUUAUGGUUCUCCAAAUAUUGGACCAGGAGCAGGAGUAACUGUAUGCACCAAUAAUCCCGUAGGUGUCGUCAAACCGCAGCAAAAGGGUGUAGGAACGAAUAUGAGCCCCAUGCAAGCGGCAGCCGCCGCCAGCAGAUUUACCGGUACUGCUGGUCCGAUCGGCACUACGAACGUUGUGGGUAGUCAGGAAGGUGGAGCGGCAGCGCAACAGGCGCAACCACCAGCACCAAGUCCGGCUCAACCACAAUCGGGUGCGCCGACCGGAGGACAGCCAGGUCCGCAGCAAGCUACGCAAGGACAAAUGGCUGGUACUGGUACUCCAACUGGCGCGAAAUCGACACCUGAUCCAGAGAAAUGUAGACUCAUUCAGCAACAGUUGGUGCUACUUUUGCAUGCACAUAAAUGUCAACGACGCGAAAGCCAAGCAAACGGCGAGAUGAGACAAUGUACCUUGCCGGACUGCAAAACUAUGAAAAAUGUUCUAAAUCACAUGACGAAUUGUCAAGCCGGAAAGAAUUGCACCGUGCCUCACUGUAGCAUGUCAAGGCAGAUCAUCAGUCAUUGGAAGCAUUGUAAUCGAAGUGAUUGUCCGGUUUGCUUGCCGAUAAAACAAGCAAAUAAGAACAGGACAAAUUCUGCGCAAGCACCCGCAAUUCAACCAAAUAAUCAGCCAAAUCCAAGCCCAUCCGAAAUGAGAAGGGCUUAUGAUGCUUUAGGAAUUCAGUGUCCGACAACAACACCGGGGCUUUUACCCGGUCAAGGCGUUGGUAGGGGCGUUAGAAUGCCAGCUCCCGGCAUGACGGGUGGUCCUCCAGGGGCAUUGGGGAACGUUAGAUUAGCGCAACCUCAAACACAGAAUUUUUACGCGAAAAGCAACAAGCGAUGGGCGCCCAUAUGUGUUUCAGCUGCACCGGGACAAUCCGUAGUCGGUGCCGGACAACAAGUAGUCGCUCCGAACGUAUCUCUUCCUUUAAAUUCCGAUCCUAGUACGGUCGGGGUAGCCGGCAAUCAGACGGUACCAACGACCGGACCUACAUCUGCCGCGGCAGCGGCCGCUGCCAAUAUACAGCAGUCCGUUAAUAUGCAAACAUUGUUCGGCUUGAACGAGUCCGGACAACCUGGUGUGAUAGGUGCGGAAAAUAGAUUAGCGAAUUUACAGCUUCCAGGCGGUCUUCAACCCGGUCAAGUCACAGCGACACCGGUGCAAGGAACAAAGGAGUGGCAUCUGUCCGUCACUCCAGAUCUCAGGAACCAUCUCGUUCAUAAAUUGGUUCAAGCAAUAUUCCCGACUCCCGAUCCACAAGCUAUGCUCGAUAAAAGAAUGCACAACUUGGUCGCGUACGCGAGGAAGGUGGAAGGCGACAUGUACGAAAUGGCUAACUCUCGGUCGGAAUAUUAUCAUCUGCUGGCCGAGAAAAUCUACAAGAUUCAAAAGGAACUUGACGAAAAGCGACAAAAACGAAAGGAACAGCAACAACUGCAAGCGCAACAACAACAGCAGCAGCAGCAACCGCCGGGUACAUCUGGUCCUGGACUAAGGCCAUGCGCGCCUCCGAAUGUAGGUACUGUUAUGCCAGGAGCGUCGAAACCUGUUGGGACAGUACCACCUACCUUACGAAGUCACUCACCAAGUAUGGGUCAACUCGGAACAAUACCAGCGAUGGCCAUUCAGCAGCACAAUAGGAUGCAGUUCCCACAACAGCAGCAGGCCCAACAACAACAACAACAAGCCCAGCAACAGCAACAGCAGGUCCAAGCUCAGCAGCAGCAACAGCAACAAGGAAUCCUGGUCGGUCCUCCUGGUCCUAGCCCGAACGGGCAAUCCACAUCCAAUGCCAAUAUGGCAUAUGUGCCUAAUCCUGGAAUCAGCCCGUUUGGUAACCCCCAAAUGUCCCAGGCUAAUCUCACAACCACUACUGCGUCUAACAAUGCAACGACUAGUCAAUUUCCGACGUCCAAUGGCACAGCUGUUGGUUUACCCAACAGUUCUCCUAUUCAAAACCAACAUCAGUUCAAGGAUGACCUCAUGAAAGUUAGAUUGGCGCAGGUCCAGGCUCAAGCAGCACAACAACAACAGCAGCAGCAACAGCAACAGCAACAGCAGCAGCAGCAAAGUCAGCAACAGUCACAACCGACGAGUACUCCGAGCCAGGUCGGUACUCCAGUAACGUCGAUUCCGCAAGCACCAUCACCGUUUAGCGGCAUGCAACAACCAAGCGCGCAGCAGCAGCCACAACAGCAAUCGAAUCAGCAAUUCCCAACUCGACCGUUGUCAGCUUCCACGCCUAAUGACAAUGGCAUUGCGACAUCGACACCGCAGACGAUACCACCGCCCGUGUCCAGCGGGCCAAGCCCAACGGGUGGUGUAUCUGCGACAACUACGGGUACGACGAACGGGCCUCAGUCAACCACUUCCACGCCGAACACGCCGCUUGUACCGUCGCUAAUGACACCAAAUCAAACUGUCUCUUCCGCAUCAAAUCAGACGCCGCCUCAUUCGGGCCCGACACCGUCCCCUGCUGGCCUUGCGAGUCUUGGUAAGGGUAUGACCUCGCAGGAACGGGCAGCGUUGAACACUCCACGCAGCACGUCCAUGUCCUCGCAGAUGGCUGCCAUCACGGCAGCGCUGGAUCGUGACAAUUCACCCAGCCCGCCGAUGAAUAACAACAAGGGCAAGUUGGAUUCCAUUAAAGAGGAGAUAAAGAUGGAGAUAAAACAAGAUCCAUCAGAUGAGUCACAGAAUCACAGAAUGGACGGUAAGAGCGUGAACAAUGAGAUUAAUAUCAAGACCGAGCCAAAGACCGAACCAAUGGAAGAGGGCUCAAACGAGGCGACCGUGAAGGAAGAACCCGGCAUUAAAGAAGAGAGCAUGACUCCCGGUAUUAAAGAAGAGAGCAUGACCGCUUCCGAUAUCAAGCCCUUGGUAUUGGAACCUAUUCAACCAAGUGGAUCCACUGACAAGAAGAAGUGCCUGUUUAAGCCCGAUGAUCUUAGACAGGCACUUAUGCCGACAUUGGAGAAACUAUAUAGACAAGAUCCCGAGUCUAUACCGUUUCGGCAACCGGUGGAUCCGCAAGCGUUGGGUAUACCGGACUAUCCAACCAUCGUGAAGAAACCGAUGGAUCUGUCGACGAUCAAGAAAAAACUGGACACGGAGAAGUACAGCGAUCCGUGGGAGUACGUCGACGAUGUAUGGAUGAUGUUUGACAAUGCCUGGCUCUAUAACCGCAAGACUUCACGAGUCUACAGAUACUGCACCAAGCUCUCGGAAGUUUUCGAGCAAGAGAUAGACCCCGUGAUGCAGAACCUUGGGUAUUGUUGCGGCAGAAAAUACACCUUCAACCCGCAGGUGCUCUGUUGCUACGGCAAGCAGCUGUGCACGAUACCCAGGGAUGCAAAGUAUUACUCGUAUCAGAACAGAUACACCUUCUGUCAGAAAUGUUUCAACGACAUUCCUGGUGACACAGUGACGUUGGGAGACGAUCCAACGCAGCCUCAAACUGCCAUCAAAAAAGAACAGUUCCAGGAAAUGAAGAAUGAUCACUUAGAAUUGGAACCUUUUGUAACCUGUACUGACUGUGGUAGGAGGGUACAUCAAAUUUGUGUACUCCAUAUGGAAGCAAUCUGGCCAUUAGGGUUUACCUGUGAUAAUUGCUUAAAGAAGAAGGGACAGAAACGCAAAGAAAAUAAGUUCAAUGCCAAACGAUUGCCCGUAACGAAACUCGGCACGUAUAUCGAGACGCGCGUGAACAAUUUCCUGAAGAAAAAGGAAGCGGGCGCCGGUGAGGUUGCGAUCAGAGUGGUCGCUUCUAGCGACAAAGUGGUCGAGGUCAAACCCGGUAUGCGGAGCAGAUUCGUCGAGAAUGGUGACAUGCCCGGCGAAUUCCCGUACCGCGCGAAAGCUCUAUUUGCGUUCGAGGAGGUUGACGGCACCGACGUCUGUUUUUUCGGUAUGCACGUACAGGAGUACGGAAGCGAAUGCACGCCGCCGAACACCAGACGGGUUUACAUCGCAUAUCUGGACUCUGUCCACUUCUUCCGGCCUAGACAAUUUCGAACGGCUGUGUAUCACGAGAUUCUUCUUGGAUAUCUCGAUUAUGCGAAACAACUCGGGUAUACAAUGGCUCACAUAUGGGCUUGUCCACCUUCCGAAGGGGACGAUUAUAUCUUCCACUGCCAUCCCGCAGAACAAAAAAUACCAAAGCCUAAGAGGUUGCAGGAGUGGUAUAAGAAGAUGUUGGAUAAAGGAAUGGUCGAAAGAAUCGUGCUCGAUUAUAAGGACAUUUUAAAACAAGCCAUGGAAGACAGGCUUUCGUCCGCGGCGGACUUGCCAUAUUUUGAGGGCGACUUUUGGCCGAAUGUAUUGGAAGAAAGUAUUAAAGAAUUAGAUCAAGAAGAAGAAGAGAAACGUAAACAAGCUGAAGCGGCGGAAGCAGCUGCUGCAGCGGCAAACGCGAUAUUUUCGCUGUCUGAAGACGCGGAAACUCCAGACGGUAAGAAGAAGGGUCAGAAGAAGGCCAAAAAAUCCAACAAAUCGAAAGCGAAUCAAAGGAAAAACAGCAAAAAAUCGAACACUCCUCAGACCGGCAAUGAUCUUUCCGCAAAAAUCUUUGCCACCAUGGAAAAACACAAGGAGGUGUUUUUCGUCAUUAGGUUGCACCACGCUCAAAGUGCAGCCAGUUUGGGACCUAUCCAAGAUCCCGAUCCCGUCAUCAAUUGUGAUCUGAUGGACGGCCGUGACGCAUUUCUCACAAUGGCAAGAGAGAGGCAUUACGAGUUCUCAUCUCUUCGAAGAGCGAAGUUCAGUUCUAUGUCUAUGCUGUACGAAUUACAUAAUCAAGGCCAAGACAAGUUUGUUUACACUUGCAAUAACUGCAAGAGUCAUGUGGAGACCAGAUACCAUUGUACAGUUUGUGACGAUUUCGAUUUAUGUGUAAGUUGUAAAGAUAAGGACGGUCACCCGCAUCCGAUGGAGAAACUUGGCUUUGAUUUGGAUGAUGGCUCUUCGCCUGCGGAUGCGAAACAAACAAAUCCACAGGAGGCCAGGAAAUUAUCGAUACAGAGAUGCAUUCAAUCAUUGGUGCAUGCCUGCCAGUGCAGAGAUGCUAACUGUCGUCUACCGAGUUGCCAGAAGAUGAAGCGAGUGGUGAUGCAUACAAAGAAUUGUAAGAGAAAGACCAAUGGUGGUUGUCCUAUAUGCAAACAGCUGAUUGCGCUGUGUUGUUAUCAUGCGAAACACUGCCAAGAGACCAAGUGUCUCGUUCCAUUCUGUUCCAACAUCAAGCACAAGAUAAAGCAGCAGCAAUUGCAGCAACGAUUACAACAGGCGCAACUGCUUAGGAGGCGAAUGGCUGUGAUGAAUACGAGGCCCACCGGACCUGUAGCCGCAAUGCAGGCUGGGCAACAGACCUCGAACGUUGCCAUGACACCUGGAGCCGCUAUGAAACCUGGUGUCAGCACAUCGAAUUUGCCGUCACCGCAUCAACAAGGUAUUGGAUUGAAACCCGGGACGCAGCCGCCUCCCGCUCAUGUCCUACAGGUGGUGAAGCAGGUGCAAGAGGAAGCAGCGAGGCAACAAGCACCGCAUGUCAGUUACGGCAAGGUGACGCCGGGCGGUGGUGUUGGCGUAGGUGUCGGUGUGGGCGGCCAAUCGGGCGGAGUAAUGCCGCCGCCACAAAUGCAGCGGCCGUUGCCGGUCCAGAUGCCGAAUCCCAGUGGCACGCAUCUCAUUCCGAUGGAUCAGUGGACAGCUGCAAGUAGAGGAAGAACGCGUUUUUUUAGUCCUGCGCGUGUUUCUUCUUCUCUUAGCAGGUAUCAGUCGAAUGCGGUGAUGCAACAAAAUCCCAACUUGGCGCGGCAGCAGACACCGCAACAGCUGAUGCAGCAGCAGCAGCAACAGCAGCAGCAUCAGCCUCAACCGAUGGCAAUGAGUGCGCAAAUGCCGAGGCAACCAGGCGUGAUUGGACCGGUUGGACAGGUCGGUCCACAGGCAAGCAAUAUGCAGAAGCAUGCUCUUCAACAGUUGAUGCAAACUCUCAGGAGCCCACAUACGCCCGACCAACAGAACCAAAUACUUCAAAUACUCAAGAGCAAUCCACCGUUGAUGGCCGCCUUUAUCAAGCAACGAACUGCGCUUGUUCAUCAGCAACAACCUGGUCAGCAUGGUGGGGGAGUCGGCCCAUUGGGUCCUAAUCAACCCCAACAACAACAGCAACCUGGUUUGCAGCAUAUGAUGUCCCAACAGCAGCAGCCGCAGCAGCAGCAGCAGCAACAACCGCAGCAGCAACAGCAGCAGCAGCAGGGUAGACUGCAGAUACAGAUGCUGACGCAGCAGGCGCAACAACAGCAGCCAGUGCAGCAGCAGUCGCAAGCAACAUGGUACAAGCAACAGAUGCUGGUGCAGCAGAUGCAACAGAGGCAACAGCAGGUGGCCCAGCAGCAACAACAGCAACAACAACAGCAGCAACAGCAACAGCAGCAGCAGCAGCAGCAGCCGUUUACUCAGCCGCCAGCGCCACCCUAUGGUCAACAACGACCUAUACGACCAUCUCUUCUUGGUUACGGAGGUUUCAACGAACAAGGCUACGGUCAGGCAGGUCUAAAACCUACUCCACCGCCCGUGCCCUCGCCGCAAGGCGUCAUGGGUCCGCCGGGGAUCUCCGUACAGCAACAAUUGAUGCAGUCAGUCCGUUCGCCACCGCCCAUCCGAUCUCCACAGCCCAACCCCUCGCCACGACCUGUCCCUUCCCCGCGUAAUCAGCCGGUACCGUCGCCGCGAUCGGGUCCGGUACCAUCGCCGCAUCACCAUCCGCCUCACGGCACGCCGACGCAUUCGCCGGCCCACGAGCUCGGCGGCGGUCCCAGCGAGAUGAUGCUCUCGCAGCUGGGUGGCGGUCCAGGUGCGCCCACUGGCCAUCCCGCCGCUAUGCCUCAUCAUCCCUCGCCGGCGCCGGCGCCCACGAAUGGCGGCGCAGACGCCAACGAGGUGACGCCAAUGACGCCACAGGACCAACUCUCCAAAUUCGUCGAGGGGUUGUAGUGACUGUUACGGACGAUCACAUCGGUCGAUGGUUAUGUAAGUGUUUCCAUUAACGGAGACGACGACGGCGGCACUCGGACGGCUGCGACCGUCUGCGUCGCGUGAAUUUAAAUAAUACGAAACGUUCGCGAAAUUAUGAGACUAUUAGAUAAUUUAUCUUGAGAAAUUCGCGCUCGCGCAGCUUAAAGUGAAAGCCUGACAAGCCGCGCGUUCCAUCAAGUUUCGUCGAGCCUGAUUGAGCCUGACAUGCCUGAGGGUUUGAACUCCCUUAGGGCCGCAGGAUAGUUUCUGAUUACACGAUCCUCGAUGCGACCGAGACGCUCGGUUCGCGCGCCCACGCGCACGCGCGCACGCCGUAUAUCUUCUCUUUCGAUUUUCUACAUUAUGCGAUACGUCGAAAGACAAAAGGGAAAGAUUAACGCGACGUUUGGUGCUUUUCAAUUCUACUCGGCCUGGCUCAAAUAGACUCAAAAUUGUUUUCGUCCUUGGUCGAGAAGAAAGUACCGCAAAUCGGUAGGAUGAGGAGGAACAAAAAAGCGAAACUAUCGAGAGACUAUUAUUACGUAUUCUCCCCUCGUAUCCUCCAGAGCCCCCUCGACUCUACCACUCUUCCUCGCUGCUACUCGUGCAGGGUGAGUGAAAUCGUACAAAUAUAUAUAUAUAUAUACACACACAUUAUAUAUAUAUAUAUAUAUAUACAUAUAUGUAUGUUGUGUAUACUUAACGUUAAUUAAUAAUUAAUAGUUCAAAUACUAUUAGGUCGUAAUUAGUAUUUGCGUAAAUGUACGCAAUUAUAUACCGCUACUAUUAUUAACGUAACGAAAAAUACAAAGUAUAUGAUAAAGACUUGUAUGAAAGAUAAACGAUAACACAUAGAUAGGGAGAAUCCAUUAGAAUGUUGUAUGUACGGGGAAAAAAAAUAUAAUUUAGGUCGUACGCUAAGUAAUAUGUUCGUUUAAGAAAAAAAUUUGUUACUAAGAGGAUAAUUCCUAAGCGCCACACCGAAGGUUGUAACUUAAACCACGAAAUUUUAUGGAUUUAUCGUGAGUGACUCCGCACAUUUUCGAAUGCCGCGAGUCGUCUGUGGAAAAGUCGAACUUGAAAAAAAAAAACGGCGAUACUCUCGACAGGAUGCCUGUUCAACCGAGUGUCUUGUCGAGAGAAUCGGCCUCAUGUGACGAGUUAACGUUGUCGUAACCAAAAAAUAGAAAUUCACAACAGGCUGCUAGUGCGCGCGGGAAGGUUUAUAUAUAAAAAAAAAAACGUGUUAAUUUUGACGAAGGAAGAGAGGUGACGUAGUUUUCUCCGGUUGAGGGUCCACUGCGUGUGUACAGUUCAAUCAAAAUGUAACUAACGAGAGUGCGUAUUCGAGUACCGGGCCCUCGCGUGAAAGCUCUGUAAAUACUAGACUAUUAUUAUCGAUGAUUAUUAAUUUACCUGCCCAUUAUUGAUUAAUUAUUAUUAAUAUUAUUAUAUAUAUAUUAUAAUAUAUUAUUAUUAUUAUUAUCAACAUUAAUCUAUUACUAUGAUCAAUUCAUGCAUAAAUCUAUUGUAAUAUUUGCAAACAAACGAAAGAGAGACGAGUUCACGCGCGUUAUUACUACACACGGGUUUACAGAUUGGCCCGCGUACAAAACACACACCGAACCACAUUACAUGACUAUUGCCAGUGUUGUAUCAUAGUAAAGCUCUAAGUGUAAGUUCCUCCUCCUCCUCCUUUCCCUCCCCUCGCCCCCGCCUUCGCCCUUCGCUCGGCCACCCCGAUCCGCCUCCCUCCCCCACCUUUUUCUUCGCCACCUAUUUAAAACGACUUAGUAAUAACGUGGGAGUGCGUGAGCAUGUUGUGGUUCAAAAGGUCCGUGGCGUCGGAUAUUUUUGAAGUGCAUACUUUGUAUAAUAUAGCUAUAUCGUGUACAAUUAAGUCAUCUGACGAUUGAGAUAGAAACGUAAAUCGGAAGGGAAGAUUAAAACUAAUACACGUACAUAUACACACAUACACACCCGUAGCGUGAAAGCAAGGCUGACGUAAAAAAAAAAAGGAAAAGAAGAGCGAUCGCGAGGACGAUUCUCGCGAUCAUCGGGACUCCUAGGCUCGCGAGCUAAUUAUCAAGCGACACCAUCGGAUAACUCCUUGACUGGCUACACCGAGAAACGUAUGCAUACACACGUAACGCCGGCAUAUGUACACGUCUUCGCUCAAGACGUACGUUCAUUCACAGCACACCGAUGCGCUACGAAUUCUCGUUUGAACUCUCAGCGGCACGCGCUUUGAUCGUGUUCCUCGUUAAGUCACUCUCGCGGGAUUAACGGUGCGUAGAGGAAAAGAAAGAAAAGAACGUAGGGAGAAGAGUUAGAGAUAGAGAGAGAAAGAGAGAGAGAAAGAGAGCGAGCCAACUUGACGGAACUCGAUCAAGAUCAGCGGUCGACCUUGAUCGGGUGCACCGAUUCUUUUCGGGUGGAUCGUUACGAGUGCAAUCGGAGUCCUCCGAAACUCCUUACCGUCGACGUUCGCCGUUCCCUCCGUUCGCCCGCACUUCCGGCGAACGUCGACGUCGCGGAUCGCGAACCCAGACUUCGUUUUCGCGCCCCCUCCCUCCCGAGCAACGUGACGAGUCUCGAUUGAGAUAAAGAGACGAGAGAUAAGAAAGAAAAGGAAACUUGGUAUUCGAGACACAUUCCUUCUAUGAAGGGUUCAAUGAGUAAUGCAACAUAUAUUUUUCUCACUUCAAGGUUUGUUUUAUUGCAGGUUUAAAUAAUCUCCAUUCGAUUCUAUGGUCUUACGCCACAAGAUGUGACAGCCUGUAUGCGGAGCCCUUGCGGUACCACUUUGCCGGUCUCACAAUCACUUUCUUACUUUGGCUAUGACUUUUUUGUUAUUAAACGUUAUCGCGUAUUGCGUCUGUCAGGGGGCCAAAGAGAUGGGAGGAUCAGGAGGUGUUCGGGAUCUGUACGACGGAAUGUCGUUCUUCACCCAGAGGAACCUCAUUUCUAUCGCAACACCUUCUAACUUUUAUCUCCUUAGUCCUCUGAAAGAUGCAAUCUGCGGGAAGAGAUAUGGCAGUAACAAGGAAGUCAUAGCCGUAGUAAGAAAGUGAAAACUGAGAGGUAGGGUGGCAUCGCAAGGACGUAGGGGAACGGGGGGUAGCCCCGGACAUUACUGAACUUCAAGCAUACCUUGUGCCCUGUGGCCAUUGUUUAAAAAUUCUAAUAUGCCCUUCUGCGUAUCUCGACACAUGCAGAAUCCCCUACAGGUUUUCUUCGCAUCUAAAUAGCGUAAGGCCAUAGAAUUGAAUGAAGACCGUGUUGAAAAUUAUGUUUUCGUAGCCAAAGAAUUGGGAAAAAGUACGAUGCGUU